CCGCGGCGGGGAGGAGGAAGCUCGUGUGGCUGAUCGAAGCCGGUGGAAACAGCAGAGUGAGCAGUCAGCGUUCUUCCCAAAGCUCCGGGACGGGAACCCUGCGAGCUGUGGGACUCGUGGGUUCUGUCGGGACGAUGGCGGGCCGCUGCGGGGGAGAAGAUCUGUUCGACAACAUUCUUCUGGCGGAUGAGAGGUUCCGAGGGGAGGGGUACCAGGAGGGCUUCCACAGAGGCAGCCGGCGAGGCCUGCAGGAGGGCCGCAGACAUGGGGCCUCUCACGGGGCCAAGCUGUCCACUGAGAUUUCCUUUUAUUACGGCUUCGCUGUCACAUGGAGAUGUCUCCUCCGACAGAGCGCUGAUGUCAGAUCCAGGAAGCGGAUGAAGGCGUUGGAGGCUCUGCUGGCUCUGAUCCACACUUCUCCUCAUGACGAUCCACAGUCUGCCCACCUCCAAGAGCACACAGAGAAGCUUCGUGCCAAGUUCAGACAGGUGUGCUCCAUGCUCAGUGUGCCCGCCGACUUCAGCGAUUACAUCAGAACUUCUGCUGGCACUUCUUUCUGAUCCGACCUCUACGUGCUGCCACGGAGAGAGAGACAGCGGCCCUGUAGCUCCCCCCCCCCCCCCCCGGGCAACUGAUUGGUGUGCAGUGGUUUGUGAGCGUGCUGACUCUGUGACUCUGGAGCACCUGAGGGGACGCCUGCUCCUCCCCAGUAGCACCCCACCCACUGGCAGGGGGAGAUGGACACUGGGAUUUAUUGCAGUGUUUUUUAGGCAAAGCAGCAAAUCAAAAUAAAAUCUUGGAACAUA